AUGCUGCGAGCCGCCUUGCUUCUGCUGGCUCCCUUCAGGCGGGCGGGGGUUGCCCCCAGUGCCGUGGCAGCUGCGAAGCAGCAGGAGGCGCAGCCCGAGGGAGGGGAAGGCGAGCUGUCCGGAGGAGCCGGCCCAGGGGGUGAACCCGGGGAAGGAAAAAGAAAGAGGAAGAGGGAGAGCGAAGAGCAGUCCCGUGCGCGAGGACAGAAGAAGCUAAAGAAGAGACAACAGCCUCCUGGCUCUUCUGAAGAAGGGGCGGGUACUGAGGAGGCAGCAGGUGGCAGCACUCCAUCGAAGAAGAAGGAGAAAGAAAAUCGAAGACGACCGAAAGUGCCUCAAGAGAGGACUGAAGCAGAUUCUGAAGAAGACAUCAAACAACAGGAAAACAGAAGCAACCUUAAAAAUAAGUCUUCUAAAACGAAGAAGAGAGAUGAGGAAACAGAGCGAGCUGAAACAAGGAAGAAAGAGAACAGUGAAAGAGCUGAAGGAAAUCAAAGCACAAAGGAGGAGCUGUCCUUAGCAGCCUCGGAGGAAAAGGCAAAUCCUCCGCCCUCCAGUUUGGUGGUUCUUGGAGACUAUGACAGAAAGCCAGUGCAGAAGGUGAAGCCCUUCUUACCACAGUGGCUUGCUCAACCCAAACUAGUGCAAAAACGUAUCAAAGAUAAUCUAGUUCCCAUCAGAGAUGUCCCAGGAAUUCAUCCCAGGCUGUUGAAAAAGCUGCAAAUGAAUGGGAUAGAGUCAUUUUUUCCAGGAUAUGUCGAGCCCAUCUCUUUUCACUGGGUUAGAUACAGGAAGCCCCUUCUCUCCCCACUGCUUUCAGGGACUCAUUUGGCCUUUGUUUUGCAGGUUCUGCUAGAUCGAGUAGUUUGCCAAGUACGAGCUCUGGUUGUUCUGCCCACCAAAGAACUGGCACAACAGGUGAGUAAAGUGUUCAACAUUUACACUGACGGGACAGGUCUGAAGGUCGUUUUGAUUACUGGCCAGAAAUCUUUUGCAAAGGAGCAGGAGAUGCUUGUCCAGAAAAAAGUGACAGGCUACUGCAGCCUGGCUGAUAUUAUUGUGGCUACACCAGGGAGGCUCACCGAUCACAUUAGCCAGACCCCGGGGUUCAGCCUGACGCAGCUUCGCUUCCUGAUCGUAGAUGAAGCUGACCGUAUGAUCGAUGACAUGCACCAGAACUGUCUGAACCAAAUUGUCAAAGCUGCAUUCCAAGUAGAAAACGACUCUGGCUCCAACAUGCUUUUUCAGAGGACCAAACCAGGGCCUGUAACAGCAGCCAGCUCCUGCUAUCCUCAGAUACCCUUACAGAAACUGCUGUUUUCAGCCACGCUGACCCAGGACCCAGAGAAACUGCAGCAGCUGGACUUGUUCCAGCCUCGCCUCUUCACAUCUGUCUAUUCAGAGAAAAAAACACUCGGAGAUGGAACAGAGGCUGAACAAGAUACUAAUAAGAAAUACAUACUCCCCGAGGGGCUAUCGCAAUGUUAUGUGCCUUGUGACCUGAAUUCCAAGCCUUUGCUCCUCUUGCAUUUCAUGCUGACAAUGAAAUUUACCCGCGUGUUGUGCUUUACCAACUCCAGGGAAGCUUCUCACAGAUUGUUCCUGCUGGUUCAAGCCUUUGGUGGAGUCACUGCGGCUGAAUUUUCUUCUCGGUUACCUCCAAGUGAGAGACAGAGAACCAUGAAGGAAUUUGAACAAGGAAAAAUACAACUGUUAAUCAGCACAGACGCCACUGCACGAGGGAUUGACGUCAAAGGAGUGAAUUAUGUAAUAAACUAUGAUGCGCCUCAGUUCAUCAGGACAUACAUUCACCGAGUUGGAAGAACGGCUCGUGCAGGAAAAGUGGGCGUCGCUUUCAGCUUGGUCCUUAGAAUUCAGGAACGUAGGUUUCUGCGCAUGUUGAAGGAUGCCGGCAUCCAAGACAUAAAGAAGCACCCAGUGAAGGGCAACUCAUUAAAGCCGUUGGUGCAGCAAUAUGAGGAAGCUCUGAGUAAGCUUGAGAAGACAGUCAAGAACGAGCGAGCACAGAAACGAGCCUGAAUGAAUGGAAGCUGAGGAGGUUGUGUUUCGUGGCACUGAAGCUGCCGAGCGGGAUAGGUCACGGACUACUACCCAGCACGGUAACAAUGAGACAUGGUCCCUGAAUGGAGCUGAAGGAUAUUGUAAGGUUGAGGAGCCAACCAAAGUCAGCUAUUACAGGCCUCGUUCCCCUUUCAAGGACACUGCGAACAGAGUUCAGUUACUGGUUUAAAAAGAAAAAAAAAAAUUUGAGAUACAGUUGUCUUGAAGAGGGCUUUGCAUCAUAUCCUACUGGCCUACGUAAAACCACCCCCGGUGAAGAGAAGAGCCAUUAGACAGCUCUUGAGCAUGGGCCUGAUGGAACUGCCGCUCUCCAAAGGGGAGGGCUGUGCCCUUCUUGCCUCUGAACUGGCACAACUAAUGGUUCUGUCUUACUGCACAAGCAGCUGUAUCUGCAAAUGCAUAAACACCUGUCCAGGGCCUAUAGCAGAAGCGUGUUUGAAGAGCUGCUCUGGGCUGAAGUGACUGCAACUU